AUGAGUGGAAGAGAAAACAGUCCAAAGCUUGAGUUGAAGUUGAAUCUAUUACCACCACCUACAGCUAGGCCUAAUAACCAACAAGUAAAUGGGUCUCCAAACACAUCGGAGAUGUCACUCGAAAGUUCAUGCGUGUCUUCGGAGACUGACGACUCAUCAACGAUGAUGAUGCAACGCCGUAGUAGUGAGGAAGAAACUCCGAUGGUGUUGGUAGGAUGUCCUCUGUGCCUCAUGUACGUUAUGCUAGCGCAAGUGAAUCCGAAGUGCCCUAAAUGUAAAACCACCGUCUUCCUUGAUUUUCUGAACCAUUAUAACUCCAAAAUGCCAUCCAACUGA